CUGCCUGCCUCAGACAUUAGAGCAGUGGGCGAGCAGGAAAGUCGUCCUUUUUUCCAGACACACACACACACACACACACACACACAAACAGCCAGAGAGUGAGCGAGACUAUACCCUCCAGCAAUAGUACUACUUCUUCUCCACCCUUCACACACACACACACACACACACACAGAGACUUCUAGAAAGCGUCCAUUUGCAGCCGGCUGCUCUUGAGAGCUUCCCAACAGCCAGAAAAAAGUGACUCACCGCAGCCGCGCCGCCCGUCGCCAUGGAAACCCCGAGCCAGAAGCGCAUGAGCCGCGGCGCCGCCUCCCCGGCCCGCAUCACCCGGCUGCAGGAGAAGGAGGACCUGUGCAACCUCAACGACCGGCUGGCCGUCUACAUCGACAAGGUGCGCUCGCUGGAGGUGGAGAACGCCGGCCUGCGCCUGCGCAUCUCCGAGUCCGAGUCCUGCGUCAGCCGCGACCUCAGCGGCAUCAAGGCGGCCUACGAGACCGAGCUGGCCGACGCCCGCAAGACCCUGGACCAGGUGGCCCGGGAGCGUGCCCGCCUGCAGCUGGAGCUGGGCAAGAUCAAGGAGGAGUACAAGGAGCUCAAAGCCAGGAACAGCAGGAAGGAGUCUGACCUGGAAGCAGCGCUGGCCCGCCUUCGAGACCUGGAGGCGCUGCUCAACUCCAAAGAUGCGGCCCUCAGCACGGCCCUGGGGGAGAAGCGGGCCCUGGAGGCCGAGGUCAAGGAGCUGAAGGCCCAGCUGGCCAAGUUGGACUUGUCCCUGGCGGACGCCAAGAGGCAGCUUCAUGACGAGAUGCUGAGGCGGGUGGAUGCUGAGAACCGGCUGCAGACGCUGAAGGAGGAGCUGGAGUUCCAGAAGAGCAUCUACAACGAGGAACUGCGCGAGUCCAAGCGGCGCUACGAGUCGCGCGUGGUGGACGUGGACGGCGGGCGGCAGUUUGAGUUUGAGAGCAAGCUGGCGGAGGCGCUGGGCGAGCUGAGGGCGCAGCACGAGGAGCAGGUGGGCUUCUACAAGGCCGAGCUGGAGAAGACCUUCAACUCCAAGCUGGAGAACGCCCGCCAGUCGGCCGACAGAAACAGCAACUUGGUGGGCGCCGCCCAUGAAGAGCUGCAGCAGACACGCAUGCGCAUGGAGAGCAUGUCAGGCCAGCUGGGACAGCUGCAGAAGCAGCUGUCCCUGAGCGAGGCCAAGGUGCGCGAGCUGGAGGAGGCGCUGAGCCGGGAGCGCGACACGAUGCGCAGACGCCUGGAGGAGAAGGAGCGCGACAUGGCGGACAUGCGGGCUCGCCUGCAGAGGCAGCUGGACGAGUACCAGGAGCUGCUGGACAUCAAGCUGACGCUGGACAUGGAGAUCAGCGCCUACAGGAAGCUGCUGGAGGGCGAGGAGGAGAGGUUGCGCCUGUCGCCCAGCCCGACCCAAGCCAGGGUGACGGUGACCCGCACCUCCGGCUCCUCCCACAGCCGCCUGGCCCACGCCGCGGCCUCCAGCAGCCGCACCUCCUCGGGCACGGGCGUGGCCAAGAAGCGGCGCCUCAACGACAACGACAGCGACGCCUCCAGCAUGGUGGGCGGCAGCAUCACCAAGACGCGCAUCAGCCAGCACGCCUCGGCCAGCGGCCGCGUCACCGUGGACGAGGUGGACCUGGACGGGAAGUUUGUCCGACUCUGCAACAAAAGCGACGAGGACCAAUCACUGGCCGGCUGGCAGCUGAGGAGGACAGUGGGAGGAGCCAACCCCAUCGUCUACAAGUUCCCACACAAGUUCAACCUGAAGGCGGGAGCCACCGUCACCAUCUGGGCGGCGUCCGGCGGCGGAAGCCACGCCCCCCCGUCUGACCUGCUGUGGAAGAACCAGGACUCCUGGGGCAGCGGCGACCUCCUGCAGACGGUCCUGCUCAGCGCCAGCGGAGAGGAAAUGGCCGCUAGGAAAGUGACCCGCAGCCUCUUCCAGGAGGACGAUGACGACAUGGGCGCUCACAGCACCAGCGGCGACAACGAGUACAACUUGCGCAGCCGCACCGUCAUCUGCGACUCCUGCGGACAGCCGUCUGACCGCGAUGGUUGUGGCGGCGGCGGCGGUGAUGCCGACAACCUGGUGGGACAUUCCUUUUUCAUGGGGACUAACCAGCCCAGACAGAGUGGCGUCAGGCCUGAGAACUGCGUGAUGAUGUAACACAGGCGUGAUGAUGUCACACAGACGUGAUGAUGUCACACUGGCGUGAUGAUGUCACACUGGCGUGAUGAUGUCACACAGGCGUGAUGAUGUCACACAGACGUGAUGAUGUCACACAGACGUGGCCUCCGUCCUGCAGCAUCACUUCCACUGCUGGGAUCUUUCUGCUUUUCUGUCCACAUACUUAAAGGACCUUGUUUUGCGUGUAAUCCCCCUAUCUUAUUGCAUCUGCUCAUGCUGCCACGCACGCACGCACACACACACGCACACACACACACACACACACACACACGCACACACACACACACACACACAGCUUUUUGUCGAGUUGAGGUAUACGUCAAACGCUGUCAAACGUCAACACGCACAGCCUCGUAGGAGAAGGUGCGCACGCACGCACGCACGCCGACACCAACACACCAACACACCAACACCAACAUGUGAAAGUGAAAGCAAGCACGCUCCGUGGUGACAUUGACUUCAAGUGGAAUGCAUGGAGAGGACUUUCCCUCCAGCAGAGAAGUUGGACAAGCAGUGUUGUCUUCUCAGGUCUUCUGCUAAAUGUUUGCAAUGUAAAUUGUCUUUCUUCAGUUCACAUUCAAAUGUGCUUUUGAAGGUCAUUUGUGUUUGUUCAGCAGAAUCUUGGCCACUAAUAACACCAAAGAGGUGUCGUCACGGUAACCAGGGUGUGUCUUACUACAUGUAGUUCAGUGCUAAUGCUGUUUGUCGUCACGGUAACCAGGGCGUGUCUCACUACAUGUAGUUCAGUGCUAAUGCUGUUUGUCGUCACGGUAACCAGGGCGUGUCUUACUACAUGUAGUUCAGUGCUAAUGCUGUUUGUCGUCACGGUAACCAGGGCGUGUCUUACUACAUGUAGUUCAGUGCUAAUGCUGUUUGUCGUCACGGUAACCAGGGCGUGUCUCACUACAUGUAGUUCAGUGCUAAUGCUGUUUGUCGUCACGGUAACCAGGGUGUGUCUCACUACAUGUAGUUCAGUGCUAAUGCUGUUUGUCGUCACGGUAACCAGGGCGUGUCUCACUACAUGUAGUUCAGUGCUAAUGCUGUUUGUCGUCACGGUAACCAGGGCGUGUCUUACUACAUGUAGUUCAGUGCUAAUGCUGUUUGUCGUCACGGUAACCAGGGCGUGUCUUACUACAUGUAGUUCAGUGCUAAUGCUGUUUGUCGUCACGGUAACCAGGGCGUGUCUUACUACAUGUAGUUCAGUGCUAAUGCUGUUUGUCGUCACGGUAACCAGGGCGUGUCUUACUACAUGUAGUUCAGUGCUAAUGCUGUUUGUCGUCACGGUAACCAGGGCGUGUCUUACUACAUGUAGUUCAGUGCUAAUGCUGUUUGUCGUCACGGUAACCAGGGCGUGUCUUACUACAUGUAGUUGAGUGCUGAUUGACAACAUUUUUGAUGAAGUAUGCCAACUGCCAACGUGCCUUCAGACAUCUUCUCUGCCUCGCUUUGCUUUUUUUCCUGGGUGGGAUGUGACUUUCAGCCUUUAUGAAACAUUAUUUUUGUGUCCCCUAGUCAAGUAUAGCAAAGCACUUAAGUUUCUUUUUUAUUUAAUGGAUAUGUUUUUUUCUUUUUUUGUUCACCAAAAGUGCCUUCCAGUCAUCUCCAAAGAUGUAGAAUUGCCAAAGAGUUGAAAAUUGAUGUAAACAUUGAAGGGUUUUUUUCUAUCUGACUGAAACAUUUUCCCAUCCUGUCAGCGUCAGAAGAGUUGAUGACGUGUGUCGUUGUCUUUCAACGAGCCUUGAAGUGAUGAAUGUUUACACUUAAAUAACAUUUCUCUCCCGCAGCGA